AUGACUGAGUCUUACUUCAGGCAACCUGGAAAUUUCACCGCUGUGUUGUUCCACCAGCCAACUAUGGCCACAGUUAUAGAGGACUCAGUCGGUAAUCCGACAAAUAUUUACACCUAUGUGGCGAUAUUUUUCAGCCUGCUGGUCCUUUUGCUUGUUGUCGUGGUCAUUGUGCUCUACAGAUUAAAGCAUGUCAUUGUUCCUGUCUCUUCAUCCGUGGAUAAUGUCAGCAAGGCAGAUGUUUUCACCAGCGUGCAAGUCGGUGGUUUUUAG